AUGGAAGCUGUAAGUGAUCGGCAAGUGGUGGGAUACCAUUGCGAAUCGAAGCAGGCGGAGGUUUUUGAACCUGACAACGAAUUGCCAUGGACCCAAUUCUUGCUGGGUGUCGAUGCCAGAAUAUUGACAAGUCAGCCUGCCUUGCAUUCCGAGGACGACGACGAUUCACUUCCAGUAGAAGAAACCUACUUCGACGAACUCGAACUCGAUUUGUUGAUGGAUGAAGACAAGUCAAGGGCUGCCCUAGCUGAGGCCCUGGUUUCUAGCCUGCAUGUCCCUCCUCAGAUUUGCCACUCCGUGGUGGAUAAAAUAGUACAAGAUUUCCUAGUCGCAGAAACUGAUUCUCGACCUUACAGUGAUCGCAUGCUUGUUCAUAUGCCAGUGUCCAUCGUUGUUCUUGUCGAUGAAUUUGGAGGCCUGGACACGGAUGACCCUAAAUUUGUACCUGCAAGUAAGUCAUCGAUCGAGAAGCUGGAAAGGGUGAGAGUGGAAGUAUCAGCAGAUUGUUCAAUUUGCAUGGAGGAGAUGGAGGUUGGUUCGGAAGCAAUCCCCAUGCCGUGCUCGCGCUCGCAUCUUUACCACGACGACUGCAUUCUCGAGUGGUUGAAGAAAAGUAGGGUUUGCCCACUGUGCCGCUUCGCCAUGCCUCCCGAAAUAAUAACAACACAAAAUUAA